AUGACGCGGACAGCACUGAUCGUCUCCACAGCAAGGACAGGCUUGGCAAAAUCCUUCAGAGGAGGAUUCAACAACACGCAUGGAGCCGUUCUUGCUGGACAUGCCAUCAAGCACGCCAUCUCCAAAGCAGGCAUCGACCCUGCCAAGGUUGAAGACGUCUUGUUGGGUUGCGGUAUGCCUGAAGGAGCAACGGGAAUGAAUGUCGCUCGCAAUGCUGCUCUUUGGGCAGGUUGUCCCGUCACUACCUCCGGCACAACGAUCAACCGCUUUUGCAGCUCUGGCUUGCAGGCGAUCGCCAUGGCAGCACAUUCCAUCAUCGUAGAUGGUGUUCCCUGUGCGGUUGGAGGGGGAGUGGACUCCAUUUCUCUCGUUCAGCAAAAAGCUUUUGAUCCCAAGAGCGGUGUUGUCGAAUCCUCUUUGCUUUCCCACCCUGUCCACAAGGCUCUAUGGAUGCCCAUGAUCGACACGGCGGACUUGGUUGCUGAGCGGUACGGAGUGUCUAGGGAAAGACAGGAUGAGUACUCGCUGAUUUCGCAACAAAGGACGGCGGAAGCUCAAAAAAAGGGAUUGUUCGAUGACGAAAUCGUGCCACUUCCAACCAAAAUGCUUGUCAAAGACAAGGAGACUGGCAAAGUGAGCGAGCAAGAAUACGUUGUGACCAAAGAUGAAUGCAAUCGCUCUGACACGACGCUGGACGGCCUUGCCAAACUCAAGCCAGUGAAUAUCGACAAGAAUCCCAAGGCUACGGUCACUGCUGGCAACGCCAGCCAGCUGUCGGAUGGUGCGAGUGCUUGUGUGCUGAUGGAGGAGAAGGAGGUGGAGAAGGCUGGACUCCAACCGUUGGGCAGGUUCGAUGGAUUUGCCGUUGCCGGGUGCUCGCCCGAAGAGAUGGGUAUCGGCCCCUCGAUCGCAGUGCCCCGUCUCCUUCAGCGUCAUGGACUGAAAGUGGAAGACAUUGACCUGUGGGAAGUGAACGAGGCCUUUGCUGUUGUGUCCCUGUAUAACAUGGAUGCUCUCAAAAUCCCGCUCGACAAGUGCAACGUCAACGGAGGCUCCGUUGCCAUCGGCCAUCCCUUCGGCAUGACAGGCUCGCGUCAGGUCGGUCACAUCCUGCUCGAGGGCAAGCGGCGAGGAGCCAAGAAGGUUGUGGUCAGCAUGUGCAUCGGCGGUGGAAUGGGAGCAGCCGGUCUCUUCACCGUCUUGUGA